GGGAUGUAAAUCAGGGGCCAGGUCUUGCUGUGGUCAGUUGUAAUCCAGCUCCUCUCCUGGAAACUCCAAGGACAUUCGUCAGCCCCUGGGAACAGCGGAGCUGAGGGACUGAGCCUCUCAGCAUCUCCUACUCCAGCCACUGAAAUGGAAGAAAAUGCCAACACCAGCUUGGAAGACAACUUUGAAGGACAGGCAACACACACAGGGCCCAAAGGUGUGAUCAAUGACUGGAGGAAGUUCAAAUUAGAGAGUGAAGAUGGAGACUCCUUACCCCCGAGCAAGAAAGAAAUGCUUAGACAAAUGUCUUCACCACACAGAUCUUUCAGCAGAGAUGAUAAAGAUACCAGAGAGAGAUUCUGCCGUAAGAUGAGCAUGCAGGAGUACAAGUUGAUUCACGCCACACAGGAGGACGAAAGCUGCCUACAGCAGUACCGCAAGCGCUGCAUGCAGGACAUGCACCAGCGGCUCAGCUUCGGGCCCAAGUUUGGCUUCGUGUGCGAGCUGCAGAACGGGGAACAGUUCCUGGAGGCCGUGGAGAAGGAGCACAAAACCACCACGGUCAUCGUGCACAUUUACGAGGACGGCGUCAAGGGCUGCGAGGCCCUCAACAGCAGCCUGACCUGCCUGGCGGCCGAGUACCCCACCGUCAAGUUCUGCAAGAUCAAGGCCUCCAGCACGGGUGCUGGGGAUCGCUUCUCCAGCGAGGUGCUCCCCUCCCUACUGGUCUACAAGGCCGGGGAGCUGCUGAGCAAUUUCAUUAGUGUCUCUGAACAGUUCAAUGAGGAGUUUUUUGCUGUGGAUGUGGAGGCUUUCCUAAAUGAGUAUGGGCUGCUACCUGAGAGGGAGCUUCGGGUGCUGGGGAAUGGCACAGAUGAGCCAGAUGUUGAAUAAUUAGAGCCAUAGUCCUCAAUGCCUCCCUCUCCUCUUCAGUCAGCUGUUAAUCAAUGUCAGUAACACUCAUCCCACUUAGAGAAGGUGGUCUUUGCUGAUAUAUUUGUAACAUACAAAGACAUAAAAAUUGUUUAACUGUUAGUAUGUGGAUUCUACUUAAAACACAUACAACUGGCAGUCCUGUACAUAUCUCUAUGCCAGCCACAAUAAUAGGAAGAACAGCAGUGAUAUUUAAGAAAUACAGGAAAAACAAAUUAAAAUUUGAGGGCCCAUGCCUGUCUCCACAAAGCACCAGUCCUUCGUCUCAGUGGGGACAGGACUGGUCCAUCCCUCUGUGCACACAAAAAGCCAUCUCCAUGCUCUGAAGUUACAGCAAGUCCUGACUCCUGAUUCACAUCUACCGAUUUUGGCAGGAACAAGCAGUUUAAAGGACAGACAAAUAGCCCAAAGUCCUUGCAUUUCUAAAUGGCUCAAGUGUCUACAUCAUUAUUUUAUUCCACAUUUAAUAUUCAAUACUGAUGCAAAGAGAGAAGUUAGCUCAGUGCUCAUGUACGUUUUUCACCCAAACAGCUGACACAGACACAGCAUCAGCUGAUUUCAGUUCAUGGGAGCUCCCUAUGCUGAGCAGCAGUAUUUAAAAUGUCUGUCAGUUUCUGGAAAAGUAUGUUGUGCUUAUGUAAUAACUCUGCAUAAAGCUUAUCAGCUCUCAAAAGCUGCCAUUGGAAGUACGAAAUAUAUUGGUAGUACAUAACCUUAGCCUUAAAGACAUGAAAUAUUAGUAAGCACUCAUUAGACAUUCACUAAACUCAAAGUUUCAGGUUUUGUUAAAGGGAAGCUGCUGAGAACUACAAUUUAACAAUCUAUCUGAGAGGAAGACAUGGGAUAAACUCACUAUAAACAUUCCUCCCUCUCUCCACUUGAUACAACACAACAAAACAUUAGAAACCCUUCAGUGACUUCUGCACACUGCCAAAGCUAAAGGCUGUUUGACUCUGAGAAUGGAAGUAUCUGUAUCUUACUAAAGAUCUUAACAGCACAGUUUGGCUGAUAACAUUUGAGAUGAUCAAAAUGUUAAAGACUAUUUCUCUUUUGUUUGUUCUUUUUUAGAAACUGUUAAAGUACUACUGAAUUUCUACUUUUAACAUUGUUUUGCCAUGGAUGACUAUUCUAACAGAGCUCUAGAAACCUCACCUCAUGUACACCUUAUUAAUCAUCUCUCAUACAAUCUUCUCUAAACAGUAAAACAAUUCAUGACUUUAUUACACCAAGAAUUCAAAUAGCAUGUUCCCAAAAUGUCAUUAUUUCCAUGCUGUAAACUGCUGAGUGAGAGACUGUGACAAGCCUUUCUGAUGGAACUCCAGGUGAAAGGAAUAAAGCUUUUCCCUUGGAGCAGUCCUCUCUCCCCUUCCUGAAGCGUGAAGUUGACCCCUCAGGUAAAGUCACUUUCAUCCUAACAUUUCAUUUGUCUCUUCAGAAUAUUUGCAGAUACACCAAACAGCAUGAAAAUCCAAUGAUCUUAUAGGAGUUUAGGUAGAAAAUACUGAAUUAUCUUUUGUCCAUCAUAAAAGUAACCAGUUACCUGAGUAGCAGGACAAUACUUCCCUUGCAUUUUGUUAAUGAUGUGUUUUAAAGACACAAAAAAUUUCUAUCCUCUACACGCCAAGAAAAUCUCCAUUUAAGUUGUGAGAACUUAACUUCCUCGAGAACUUUCCCUCUUCAUCCAACUUGGUUUAAAAGCUAUCAGGCUGUACAUCAGCAGCCUCAUCACAUAAGCUUCAUUUCCUUGAGAAUAAGGCUGAAAGCACAAAAUCCCAACAGUAGCACCACAGAAGCAGCACCCAUAGCUACUGUAAGAAAUAAGUUGACACUCCAAUUUAAGAGACAGAUUAAGCAUGCUUAAGAAGGAUUUUCUUCAACCUGUGAUUUAAGAACCAAAAAGCAAACACACAUGUGGCACCAAGCCUCAACAGAAGCUCAUGACUAAUGAAGUUGCAAAUAAAACUGAUCACAGCAGUUAUCAGUUUCUGCAGGAAAAAACCCCAACACCUUAAAAACAAAAA